CCUGCCUGCCAGAGAGGGGAGUCGAGGCGCUGCUGGGAACUACAUGGUGCUCAAUUUUUCAAGAUGUCGCUGGAAGAGAGGCUGUUGCGGAUCGAGGAGAAACUAAAGCAGGAAAAUGAAGAAGCUCGCCGGAGAAUUGACCUUAACAUCGACAUGAGUCCGCAUCGAUCACGUCCCAGACCGACGCUCCAGCUGCCGCUGGCUAACGAUGGCAGCCGUUCAUCGUCUUCAGAGAGCUCGCCUCAGCACCACACCUACCCCAGCCGUCCGCGACACAUGCUCACCCUGCCCACGCCUCCGUACGGCCUGCAGAAGAGCUUAGAGAAUGCAGAGAUCGACCAGAAAUUGCAGGAGAUCAUGAAACAGACGGGUUACCUGAAGAUCGACGGUCAGCGAUAUCCAGCGGAGGUGACGGACCUGAUCAGUGAGGGGGAGAUCGGCAGUGGGACAUGUGGACAAGUUUUCAAAGUGCGAUUCAAGAAGACCGACCAUGUGAUCGCUGUCAAACAAAUGCGUCGUACAGGAAACAAGGAUGAGAACAAAAGGAUCCUGAUGGACCUGGAUGUGGUGCUGAAGAGUCAUGACUGCCCUUACAUCAUCCAGUGCUACGGCGCUAUAGUUACCAACACGGACGUAUUCAUUGCCAUGGAGCUGAUGGGAACCUGUGCUGAGAAGCUGAAGAAGAGAAUCCAGGGCCCCAUCCCAGAGCGCAUCCUUGGAAAGAUGACGGUGGCAAUAGUGAAGGCUUUGCUGUACCUGAAAGAGAAACACGGUGUCAUCCACCGAGAUGUGAAACCCUCCAACAUCCUCCUGGACGAUAAAGGUCAGAUCAAACUGUGUGACUUUGGCAUCAGCGGACGCCUCGUCGACUCCAAGGCCAAGACCCGCAGCGCCGGCUGUGCUGCCUACAUGGCGCCUGAGAGAAUAGACCCUCCAGAUCCCACCAAACCUGACUAUGACAUCCGAGCAGACGUGUGGAGCCUCGGCAUCUCUCUGGUGGAGCUGGCCACGGGGCAGUUUCCCUACAAGAACUGCAAGACAGACUUUGAGGUUCUGACCAAAGUGCUGCAGGAAGAUCCUCCUCUGCUGCCUCUCGGCAUGGGCUUCUCCCUCGACUUUCAGUCCUUCGUCAAAGACUGCCUCACAAAGGAUCACAGAAAAAGGCCAAAAUACCACCAGCUGCUGGAGCAUAGUUUCAUCCGCCGUUACGAAGUGCUAGACGUGGACGUGGCUGGAUGGUUCCAGGCGGUGAUGGACCGCACCGAGUCGCCUCGCAGCAGCCAGUGUUACAGCCAUCAGCACCAGCUCCACUCGCUCUUCAGUAGGUAGCCUUGCCCUGCCCGGCUCUAGCUUAGCCAGACGCUAGUCUUGCCUAGCUGUAGCUUUGCUAAGCUCAGACUCAGUCUGUCCUAGUCUAGCCCAGCGUUAGCAGCUAAGCCUAGCGUUAGACUCAGCCCGUCUGUCCAUCUGUCCACCGGAGAACCUGAAGAGCCCAUAAAGGAAGAGGAGACGGAGACUGGAUGGAGGGAUGGUUGGAUGACACAGGUGGUUCUGUUUAUCAGUGUGUUGAAUCUGGACAGGCAGACAUGGGAAGGAGGGAAGAGGGGAAAAAGGUGCACACUGUAGUUAGCUUCAUUCGUUUACACACUGUCUCAUAACACUAUUGUAUCACGUCACAGCACAGUGUGUGUAACAGCCACACACACACACACAUGCUCGCAUACAAACUAUGUGUGUGUUUCUACAUGUACUCCACAUGUCAUUUAGUUUUUCACCUACAUGUCCGUCUCCAGCAUUGAUCCAAGCCGUUGGAUUAGUCAACAGAGUAGUCACUACACACUGGAACAAAGCAUCUGCUACAUUAGCAAACAUGAAUCUCUCUUGUACAUAAACUAAUGGAGGACACAACAAUGUCCUCACACAAUCUCAGGCUGUGUGUGUGUCUGUGUCUGUGUGUCUGUGUGUCUGUUUGUCUGUGUGUGUGUGUGUGUGGAUAAAUAUCAAGACACAGUCAGUCACUGGUUGUUUUUAAAAGUCAUAUUUCCUAGCGAUUUAUUCACCUUCACACUACAGCUGUCACACUCAAACCAGAAUGAAUUAGUUUGUUUGCUGCGCUUCAUUUUUAACAUAUUAGGGAUAGUAACUCAUUAACUUUGAUUAUAUGUUUAGAAGACCCGUCAUUGUAUUUAGCAGCUGCACAAUUGGGAAAAACACAAUGAAAAACAACUUACAAAAAAAAAAGUGUGUUGCAUUCUAGCUUUGUAGAAAAGGAAGUGUUUUGUUUUUGUGUGUUUGGAAUGACUUAGGUGAACUAAAAGAAAUGGAGGGAUACUAAGAAGAGAAAGAGCCAGAAAGGGAUUCUUUCUAGAAGUGCGGGAGAGAAAAGCAAGAGAAAGUAGAAGAAGAAGGGAGUUGUACUCUCGUUGAUUAACUGAAACCAGAAAGAGGCUGGAGGUGAAAAUGGGAGCGAGGAGUGUUUUGUCAUUGAGAAGGCAAAGAACAGGAGUUUAUCUUGUACAAAGAAUAUACGUGGGGUAGAUCUUAUUACCUGUGGAGCAUUUCUUUACUCUCAGUUUGUCUACCUCUUCCUCUUUGUCCACAUCUCUGUCUGCCUCUGCUCUUUAGUGUGUUGUAGUGCUCCACAGUGUUACCAGACCAAAGGCUCGUGGAAGAUUCGGACCUGUAUUAACAAACUACAGAGACAUGUCUUGAUAAAGCAAGUUUGUGAUGUUUUUACAACCUAGAUCAGAGGUCUCAAGCAGCCAGGCUCGGGGUCACUUCCCACAACGUCAUAAAGCUGCUCACAUCUUGAGUUGGUUCUUAAAUUAUUAUUUUCGUCCUAUCUCUGAUGAUUUUUGUCUUUAUGGUCUUUUGUUUUAAAGUAAUUCACGAUUUCAAUAUCUACCAAUCAGUAAUCAUCUCCUAAUUAGUUUCUCAAGUAAUCAUUCAGUCAGAAAAAUGUCAUGUUUCCAGAGUCCAAGGGUUUAGGCUCAUAAUGAGUUUGCUAUGUUUUAGGGUAAAGAAAACAUAGAAUUUAAACUUUAAAAUCAUCAAAUUUGUUGGAGAUGAAUUCUCUCACUAGUCGAUUUAUCAAGUAAUCGCAACCUUCCUACCAUAAGCUAAGACCAACAGCGCGUAGACUUAGCGUAGCACUGGCGUUAGUGUUUAAGAACUAGGAGAAAAGUACCUGGACAGUGGGCCCCUGGUCAUUUGACUUUGAGACCCCUGAACUAGAGGAGUGUUGAGAUACAAUUGAGUGCGUCCCACUUGAUAAACCAGGAUACCACACCUGAACUGGUCAAUGUGUUUGAAACGGAGAUUUGUAGACACGUUAUGAGCGCAGGUCUUCAGAGACUGACUGACUAGACUUGACGGGCCACAGCCAAAGCCUGCUAGAUGUGCAGACUCAAACCUCCCACGCCCCGUCACGUACUAAAAAACCAAAUCACUGAUGACACAGAAAUCUGCAAAAUGGCGACGAUAGAGAGAGGAAACUGUUAAGUGUCAGAAAGAGAGAGCGAGAGAGAUCCAGGAAUGUUGUCAAGGUGGCAAAAAAGAUGAGUGAAAAUGAGAGGAGGACGAAGUGCGGUGAGAAGGAAGACGAGGAGUAAUAAGAAAGUGGGAUUGGAAGUUUAAGAAAAGUCGGAGACAACCUGGAGUUGGAUGACAGGAAGUAAGUGUGUGAAUAAGGAGAGAGGAAGCAGGGAAAGGAAACAUCAGCCCGAGUCUCACAGCGCUGCCGAGCUUUGAGGCUAGCUGGUUAUUGUAAAAAGCUUUCAUGGUGUUACACCAACCUACCAAUUAUGAUUUUAGCGAGUGAGUUAGCGCGUUGUGUUUAUGAUGAUUACUUAUGUUAUUUAUUUACAUUGCUACUGCUGCUACUUUUUAUUGCUUUAGACGCUGCUGUCACUUCUUUUCCCCAAAGGACAAAUACUUUAUUCUUUUUCUUUUUUUUAAGCCAAAUAAGUGAAAUAAUGCAACACGUGUUACCAAAUACAGAGAAAGUCUGAAGAGAGAGAAAGCAAGUGAGAGAUGGAUUAGAAGAGAAAGUGCGGGAAGGUUGGCUUUACAAAAAGUACUAACUAACACAACAGAUAGACACACCUCACCUCAAAUGUAGCUCUAUGUGUAAUGGAAGUAGUUAAUCAUUUAUUUAGUCACACUUAACUGUACAGCAUAUGAUUCGAGGGGAUGUCUGUCUGUCCAGAUGCUUUUUGUCACACCCGUCCGUCCCUCCAUCUGUCCACAGGUCGCCUGCCCGCUUGAGAACCUUGACGGUUCACACCAAAGGUGUCCACAACUCAACAUAAAUACGAAAGAGCGUUGUUGUUAUUGUUAUGACUAUUGUUAUUGACCUUAUAAUUGAUUACUCUCUGCUAUGAUAUAUGUGAAAUCUCUCUGUAGCUAGUGGGAGGGGGGGGCGCUGUAAUAGAGCAGUGGUGUGUGUGUGUGUGUGUGUGUGUGUGUGUGUGUGUGUGUGUGUGUGUGUGUGUGUGUGUGUGUGUGUGUGUGUGUGUGUGUGUGUGUGUGUGUGUGUGUGUGUGUGUGUGUGUGUGUGUGUGUGUUAUAUUCUACAGGGGGAGACUGGUGCACUAACACAGACAGGCCAAGCUCAUUCUUGAUGAUGACCAUCAGGGCUACUUUUUAAAUCCCCUCCAGUACCACAUAAUACAACUGAUGAGUAAGCUAAACUUAAGUAAACAGUUGGCAAUGUGUAUAAAGAUUGUGAUAGUUAUCUACACUGUCAGGCGUAACGUAGCGUUUUUAACUAUAAAGGUCAUUAAGAUGUUAUUGUGGUAAUCUAUGAAUGACUAUAAUCUGAUGUAUUUCUCAUGGAAAUCAAAGUAAUUCUCAUUCUGAUACAUUAAGACACUUUAUGUGUGUCUCUUUAUUAUUAUUACUUUAAUGCAGUGGUUCUCAACCUUUUUCUAGUUGCGACCCCCCCCCCCCCCCCCCCCCCCCCAGAAUAAUCAGGUUAAUGUUCCCAUACAAAAGCAUCAGAUAGAGGUAGAUGCACUGAGCUGGCACGUGUUUUAAUGUUUCUUUUGUCUAAAUAUUUAGCCGUAUGAUUACUGUAAGCCCAACAGCUGACUGGGCUGUACAUGGUUAAAUGAGUAGGGCUUCAUUACGGGGUGCUUGUGUAGAUGAAUCACAAAUGCAGUCAAUACAAUCUUUUUUCAGGCAAAUGAUAUCACUGGUACAGGCGAUUGUAUUGUUAAAGCAAUUCCCCAGUUUCUGUUUUGUUUUUCUUUUCACCGCAACCCCCUAAAAAAAACUAUCCCGAGGCCCAGGUUGAGGAACGAUGCUUUAAUGUAUGACUCCACGUUUCCAGUGAUCUGAUUGGUCUGUUUAGAUCAGAUCCUCUGAAGUUAACCUGCAGUAUAGGUCAGAGUCCUGCAAGGGUCCACUUUUGCAAAUCCGCACCCCUAAAGCUCAGUACCGGAACCGACCCGUUAAUAUUAAAGUCCCGCCAUUAAACACACAGGCUGCGUUACAGUCACUCACUUUAAAGUUCUUUAUUUGUACUCUGGUUUAAGCUGGGUUCUCCGUUCUUCAAUCACUUUGUUCUCUGCAUUUUGUUAAUUUUUACCCUUGAAUUUAUAUAAAUGUACUUUUUACCGUUACAAUGCUCUUUUGCGGGUUACCGGCGUGUACCUGACCCGGUGCAGGACUCUGAUAUACAUUAGGUUACCGUGGUGGUUAAACCUGCAGCUUCGUGAUUCCAGUACACCUGAGUUGCGCUUCAUGAUACAGGCCCCUGAGCAGAUGGGGCGGUGAGCUAGCAGCUCCGUUAGCUCAGCUUCUGUCAGGUUUUAAUCUGGAUCAGGCUACGACCUGGAACUGUUUUUGCUUCCAACAGUCGACAGUGACUUUGGUUGUUGGUCGUCCUGCUCUUGUAAACUCUGCAGAUGACAGGAUUCAGGGCUGAUCAUGCCUCCCUGUUAAGACUCUUGUGUAUAGACCAUAAACUCUGAACACAAAGCUGCACCCAGUCUCCCACUGUUCUGUUUUUAGGCUGAUGUGUAUUUUGCAAACACACACACACACACACUCACACUCACUAACUCACUCACUAGGUCGUGCCGUUUGUGUGCAUUUUCAUCCAAACACCAUCAAUACACCUCUGUGAAACCAGUCAGUUCAGGUGUGCUAAGAAUGACUGUCCAUGUGCAUGUGUGUGUGUGUGAGGAAACAAAACAUCUGUAACUAAUCUUCACACACACACACCAAAUGUAUAAAGUUAUCCCAUUCUACACAGCAAUGCUGGCUCCUGCCAAUAGUGGCUUUAUGUGUAUAUUAGUUUGCCAGGGGUGUAUAAAAACAGCUAGUUCAUAACGUGUACCUGCGCUGUGCCUUGGCACUGAGCGAGUGCGUGUCGUAAACCCAUCUGUAAGUAAACCAAAUAUCAUUUUCACUAUGCAGUCAUUCAAACCAUGUCAGCUUGCUUCGAUGGGGGAAAAAGCUCCCCCUGACAUACACAGAUUUACAGAUAAACUGGAGUUAGCGACAGUGUGUUUUUCUUUUCGAGCCCCCCCCCCCCCUCCCAGUGUGAUUUAAACAUCGCCUUCAGCUACAGAGAGACAGAGAGAGAGCAAGAGAUAUGUUUUGAAUGAGCUGACAAAUAUUUAAGGAUUGUAUUGGGGUCGGGGAGGGACACGGGGUUAGACCGGGGUUUGUAGUUUGGGGGAGAUACAGAUCAAUGCUGUAAAGUAUAUCGAUUGCAUGUUAUUGUCACCGUUGUAACUGCCAUGGUUUUGUUUUUUUGUUUGUUUUUCUUCUUCUAAGACAACGGUUGGUUGGGGCGGGGAUGCACAAAACUUUAUCCUUAUUUAUAAUUUUUACGCAUAUAGUCUGUAUGUUUGUUUUAAAAUGUUGAAUUAUUGUGUACUUAGGAAAAGACACACUUUUGUUUUUUGCCUUUUUAAAAAGAAAUGUCAACUUUGCAAUAUAUUUUUUUUCACUUUGGACCCGUCGUGGAGGAGGAGCUGUAUCAUUAUUAGCAGAAAGUGUUUGUUAGAAAACGUCCUGUUUCCCCUCAGUCAUGUGUCUUUCUUUCAGUUAGCGGUGUGCGCGAGCGGAGAGUGUGUGUGAUGUUUAUUCGUCUACCAAAAGUCUUUAUUGAUGGUGAUUAUUAUUAGCUUUUAUUUUUGUCCAUUGCUGUUUGUUUUUUUACUAUGAUUAUUGUUUUUAUUAUUAUUAUUUUUGUUGUUAUUAUUAUUAUUAUUAUUAUUAUUAUUCAGGGCAAAGAUGACACCAAAUUGAACAAAGAAAUAAAUGGGUGAUCCCAGAAAGUGCGGAGUUUCUGAUACUGGCGAGGUGGAGCAAUCGUUUUUCUCACCGUUACGCUGUAGUGUCUGUCCACCUUAUUUAAAGCGCCACGUAAAGAAAACCUCUGAACUGAAAGUCUAAUAGUAUUUUUUUAUUAUUAUUAUAUUUUGUUUUCAAUUUUAUUUUUGGUUACCCCUGUUUGGGUCGUAAAUUGUGUGCUGUUAUUUAAUUUCUUUUCCCCCCUCAUCCUUGCCCCCCUGCUUUUUGAUUUUGUUUUUUUAUUCAAUUUCAUGAUUAUUAUUUUUUUAUUCUUUCUGGUUUGUCUGAUGCUGUAUUAGUGAGCUGAUUGGUCAAAUACCAGAGCUUUUUUUCCCCCCCAAUGCUGAGACUGUCGUGACUGAUGUUGCACUUGUGAUGGGUUUUAUUUUUUUAUUUUUUUGCGUUGCAGAUUUGGUUGUGCAGGAGAAUAUCGGGUGUUUUCCUUAUUUUCUUCAAGUCACAGCAGUUAUUUUAUCAAUCAUAGAUCUGUGACACAGAGCAAGAAAAUUAUUCAACAGUGUAUUAUUUUCACUGAUAUUUAUUUAUUGGUCAUUCGUAUGAUUUCUUUGGUUUGUUUUUACGUGUAUUGCUUCUUUGUGGAGGGCAAACAGGACUCAAGGUAGAGGAGUAAUGUCUCAUUGCCGUUUUACAUUGUGUACAGAAAGCUAAAUAUUGUAUUCAACCAUCACACUAACGUACAGUCUAUAAAGUAACGGAUUCAAAUAAAAAACCUACAGCAGAGUAAGGUGCACUGUUUCUGGCUUUACUGUGACUGUCAGACUUAUUUUGUUUACUGUUUACCCUCUCCGAAGGCCCCAAACAAACAAACUGCUCGUGGUUUAAAGAAGCCACGGCAUGGAGAAUUUGAACUCUAGUGCUUUGCUAAUAACUCACAGUUAAAGCUUGUAUUGUUUGAAACGUUGAUGGUUUUUAAUCUGAAUGCCACAAACAGCAGACUAGAUUUGUGUUUUUAAGUUUAAGGUAUUCCAGCUGAUGAUAACUACUAUGAUGGUGGACUGAUUGGCUUGUUAUUAACCUGCACUCCCUAUUAGCGAGGUGGGACACGCCUGCUUUGAAAUAUCAUUGAGGUUUGUCUAGAUUGCAUGACUUUGCUAGUUUUCAGGGCGGGGGGAGGAUUGAUUUCAGUCUCCGCUGUUGCAGUUCAAAGGCGUCUUGUAUGUACGACACCAUAGAUUUAUUGUCUCGACAGCUUUACUGCCCGUUUCUUUUUUGUUUUGUUUUUUGGCUGUAUUUUAUCCCCCCUCCCCCCCAAGUCUCAAUUCAAACAGAAUAAAUGCCAUUAUAUUGUGAAUACCUCAGGAUUUUUUUUGAGAAAAAACAACAACAAAACACUUAAAAAGCAAAUAAAUAAAUAAAUAAAAACUCAUAAAAAGU